GCGGCGCCCGCUGGUCGGGCUGGCGGUGGCCGCCCUGGGUCGCGUCCCUGCGGACGGUGAGUGCGCUGGCGGCUGGUUGCCUCAGAAGCGGGACUUGCGGCAGCAUGUUUUCCUUGCGUGCCGUCUCCAGUGACCCUGUUCUUGUAGGGAUGUCGAGUGAACGUGUUUUUCGGGACCCCAGAACGACAGGGAUGGGCACGCGGAGUCCCAGCCGCCCGCAGACCGGCGCAGCCUGAGCUUAGUCUGCCGCUCUUCCACUGCUCCCUGCCUACCCGGCAUCCUGGGCAUGGCAGGACCUAGGCCAGUAGUGCUGAGUGGGCCAUCAGGAGCAGGGAAGAGCACUCUGCUCAAGAAGUUGUUCCAGGAACACGGCAGCAUCUUUGGCUUCAGCGUGUCCCAUACCACAAGGAACCCACGACCUGGUGAAGAAGAUGGCAAAGAUUACUACUUUGUGACUCGGGAGAUGAUGCAGCGUGAUAUUGCAGCAGGGGACUUCAUUGAGCAUGCUGAGUUCUCAGGGAACCUGUAUGGGACAAGCAAGGAAGCUGUUCGCGCUGUGCAGGCCAUGAACCGCAUCUGUGUGCUAGACGUUGACCUACAAGGUGUGCGCAGCAUCAAGAAGACUGAUCUGUGUCCCAUCUACAUCUCUGUGCAGCCUCCCUCGCUGGACGUGCUGGAGCAACGACUGCGGCUGCGCAACACUGAAACUGAGGAGAGUCUGGCAAAGCGGCUGGCAGCUGCACGGGCAGACAUGGAGAGCAGCAAGGAGCCUGGCUUGUUUGACCUGGUGAUCGUCAAUGACAACCUGGACAAGGCCUAUGCGACACUGAAGCAGGCACUCUCUGAGGAAAUCAAGAAAGCUCAGGGAACUGGCCAUGCCUGAGGGCCUGCUUCAUUCCCCAGUUGAUGCCCGUGGUCUAAAUCUGCCUGGAUUACAAGGUGGGGGGAACUUUGCCAGGGCACCAAGGACUUGUAAUAGGCUUCCACUGUGGAGUAGAAGGAGCUACCCCUUGUCUGGCCACAUGGUGGCUCUGCACCCUGGGCUGGCUUGCUGAGGCUGAAUGACUCCGAAGAGUACCCACAUCUAUUCUCCCUGGGCUAUUUGUGUUCCUAUCCCUGUUCCUCCUGCUGGAGCAGGACUGACAUCCUAAUAAAGUGAUUAUUGAGUUACA